CUCUCUCUCUCUCUCUCUCUCUCUCUCUCUCUUUUCUUUUUCUGUUUUCAAAAAACAAAAAUUGUCUCUUUGGUUGAUGCCAAAGAAUGAAGAAAACGUCAAGAGGCAACUGAGGAUUUAGUUCAAAGCUCAAAUUCAGCAACUCCUCCAAGUUUAUUUUAUUUUUCACUUUAGCUUUUUCAAUCUUUGAAUUUGUCAUUAAUUAGAUCUCACUGUCUGGUAUCAGGCCAUAUUUAAAUCUAUGUUUAUCACACAGAAAAGGUUAAGAACCAUAUGCCAGUGAUGCAAAUCUAGAAGAUGAUGAUGAAGGGUUUGCCAAUCCAACGACAAAACUCAGGUGUGGAAGAGAACAUGUCUCAUUUGACUUCUACCUCUGCUGAAUUCAGUGCUUCUUCAGCCAACAUACCUGAAACUCCCACUAUCUAUCCUCAUCAAUAUGCUGCUCCACCACCAUCAACUCAAACUCAACCACUAGUGAAGAAGAAGAGAAACUUGCCAGGCAACCCAGACCCAGACGCAGAAGUGAUAGCUUUGUCACCCAAGACUCUCAUGGCAACAAACAGAUUUGUGUGUGAGAUCUGCAAGAAGGGCUUUCAGAGAGAUCAGAAUCUUCAGCUUCACAGAAGAGGGCAUAAUCUGCCGUGGAAGCUGAAGCAGAGAGAAAGCAAAGAGAUAAUAAGGAAGAAAGUGUAUGUGUGCCCUGAGACUAGUUGUGUGCACCAUGACCCAUCAAGGGCUCUGGGGGACUUGACUGGAAUCAAGAAGCACUUUUCCAGAAAGCAUGGUGAGAAGAAGUGGAAAUGUGAGAAAUGUUCAAAGAAGUAUGCUGUUCAGUCAGAUUGGAAAGCUCAUUCCAAGACAUGUGGCGCUAGAGAGUAUAGAUGUGACUGUGGAACCAUUUUUUCAAGGAGGGACAGUUUCAUAACUCACAGAGCAUUCUGUGAUGCUUUGACAAAGGAGACUGCAAGAGGAAUUACAUCAACCCCAUUUCUCUCCUCCUCUGAACUUCCCACUUCUCCUUCACCAACAUCACAAUCACAUAUAAACAACAAUAACAACCACAACCUUCUUCAACCCCAACUCCAUAGCCAUGACCUCCAUUCAUUUCCAUGGCUAGAUCAAGAUCAAGAGUUAGCAAGAAUACUCCAUGAUGAUGAGAACCCAAGCCCUAACCCUAAUUUGGGACCCACCUUUCUUCUUCAACCCUACCAUCAAACACUCUCUUCUUCUUCUUCUCCUUCUCCACACAUAUCUGCAACUGCAUUGCUGCAAAAAGCUGCUCAGAUAGGUGCAACAAUGAGCGCUACUACUACCACUACUACUAAUGCUUGUUCUCCAUCUCCUUUUGGGAAUUUAUCACCUGCUGCAACUGCAGGUGCACCUCCUUCUUCUCUUUUUCAAGAAAUGAUGGCUUCUCUCUCUUCUGCAAGUGGGUUUGUUGGGUAUAAAGGUGACAGUGGCAGUGGCGGUGGCGGUGACAAUGAGGGUACGACAAGAGACUUCUUGGGUUGGGCCUAAGACCUCUCUCCCAUAGUGAUAUGCUCAGUAUGGCUGGUUUUAGUGAGCAUGUGACUGCAAAUUUGCUUACAGAAGUGAACAAUAUACCAUCUCAUUGGUUCAUUUUGUAAUUUACUUUUGGUGGGAACACCUCAUUGGUUCAGCUAAUGAGAUGGCGCGUAUUGUUCACCUUGUGUGAACAAUUUUUCUCUCCGAACAUGAUAUUGUCAACAAUCAUGAGAAUCAUAACCAAACCCAAAAAACAUGGCAAGAUAGCGAUUAGCAAUUUUUUCAUAUAUAUUUUCUUACUUUAAUAUUUUGAGAGUACAUUUUCUAUGUGGUAUUUUAUGAAGGAAAAAUUUACAAUAAAUAUGAAAGUUGAUCA